UUUUAAUUUCUCUUCUUCUUUAUUCAUACCCUUUUUUUUAUUAAGUUUCUUGAUUUACUCAAAAAAAAAAAAAGAAGCUCUUUUUUAGUAUGAAUCACAGUGCGUAUGAUCUAGAGACUUUACAAAAAGUUUGUCUUGAUGGUGUUUGCCAUUGUGAUUGGCGCUUAACUAUUGAAGGAUGUGCUGAAACGCAUGCCAUGACUAUUGUUUAUGGAAUCCAUGCUGCUUUAUGUGCAAUGAACUUUAUUAUUGGCUCUGGCUUAUUGUUCAACCGUGUGGUACUCAAAGGUCAUACUUUGUUUGACGCUUCUGCCUCUAAAGGUUGUUUUCGACCAAAGCCCAUUGACUGUAUGCUGUUGUUUCUUAUUAUCUUCAAUAUAUUGAGAUUUAUUGUUAGUAUGGUCCUUCUUACCGAUAUUUGCCCAGAUAUGAUUUCUCGCUCAUUCUUGUUCGAGUUCCCUUGGCAGUUUGAAUAUGGUGGAUUCGCUGUCUAUUUGAUUGGUAUUGCUCAAACAUUGGCUGACAGUCACCGUGCUAUUGCCAACAGUUGGUUGCCAUCUCCACGCUUAGUGGAUAUUAUUGGUGGCACCUUAUUUACUGCACCUUUUAUUAUCAAUAAUGUCUUUUCGCUAUCAGCUGGUAUUUUAGCCGAAAGAGACUUGAGACUCGCUCAACUCUUCAGUCGUUUGAUUUAUAUCAUGUGGUUUGUUUACUGUACAACCCUUGCUGCUCUUGUUGCCUUUGCUGGUGUUAGAUUGGUUGCUAUUUUACAAGAACAUUUACAAAAGUUCAACACAUCUGGUCCUCGUUAUGUUGCCAUUCAAACAGGUAUCUUUAAGAUUCGUGCUGUUGUCUCUAUUAUCAGUAUUGCUGUCAUGAUGUUUGCCAUCUUCUUGUUGAUCUUUGGUAUUUUGCGUGAAAUCAUUAUUAUCAACUAUGUUGGUUCUAUUGUGCUUUCUAUUAUUUGGAAUUUCUUGGGUGCUGUCUCAAGUGGUGGUGUUAUUAUUGCUAUCCUUAUCAAUCCCAAGAUUGAUGAUAAUACCAACCUCGGUUUGAAGACGUCCAGUGCUGAAAGAUCCAACAGUCAACAAACACCUCAAUUUGUUACUUAUUCCAACUUUUCUGCUCAAGAAUAUUCUGCCACAGCCAGUAACCAUAACCAGAAUGGUGCACAUGGUACGCUGAGUCACAACGCAUUUGAUGAACUGAAAUUACAACAAUUACAAUAUCAAAAAGUUUUUCAAAAGCACAACCAACUGCCUCAUAGCACUAUAGACAAGAAAAUCGUGCCCGAAAUGAAGAUUUCUCCUUCCGGUAUCCCUUUGCAAGACUCAGAAUACUUUAAUUCUUCCGAAGAAAAGGCUUCUUUUCGUGGUGAUCGUCAUCAAUCUCACCAAGUUGAUGAUGAUCAUAUUGAAGACGAUGGUGAAAACUCUCAAAUGGAUUUAGUGGAAUACGCUGCAAAGAACUAAAACCAAUCCUAUAUCUUGUUUGUAUGUUUAUAACUUUAAUUCAUAACCCCUUCAUUUCUCUUUCUUUUUUUUUUUUACCAACUGAAUACUAGAUUAUUAUUAUUACCGCUAUUAUAAAAAGAGGCUUCAGUCUUAUGGCGCUAUUUUCAUUUACAAAUCUCUACCAAGAACACUAGUUACAACGAAAUAUUAGAUAUGAUGAAAAUAGAAAUUAUACAAUUCCCUGAUUUUGAAUUGACAUAUCGGCCAUAAAUAUCGAUAUAGAGAAAUGCUGAUUUUCGU